AUGUUGCCCAUAACUGGGAAAACGAUAAUAUUCGAUAGCUUUCCUGAUCCUUCGGAUACCUGGGAAAUAAUUGAAACGAUUGGCAAAGGAACGUAUGGCAAAGUAUUUAAGGUAUUCAACAAGAAAAAUGGGAGCAAAGCAGCAGUCAAAAUCUUGGAUCCAGUUCAUGAUAUUGAUGAGGAAAUUGAAGCAGAAUACAACAUUCUGAAAGCUCUCUCUGAUCAUCCAAAUGUAGUCAAGUUUUAUGGACUGUACUACAAAAAGGAUGUGAAGGAUGGAGAUCAACUGUGGCUGGUUCUGGAGCUUUGCAAUGGGGGAUCUGUGACUGACCUUGUCAAAGGGUUUUUGAAGAGAGGCGAAAGAAUGAGUGAAGUUCUUAUCGCUUAUAUUUUACAUGAAGCCCUUAAGGGACUUCAGCACUUGCAUGAAAACAAAACCAUCCAUCGUGAUAUCAAGGGAAAUAAUAUCCUGUUGACCACUGAGGGAGGUGUUAAACUUGUGGAUUUUGGUGUAUCGGCUCAGUUGACCAGCAGUCGUCUCCGUCGGAAUACCUCAGUAGGGACUCCGUUUUGGAUGGCUCCUGAGGUGAUUGCAUGCGAGCAACAGCUGGAUAGUUCUUACGAUGCCAGAUGUGAUGCAUGGUCUUUGGGUAUCACUGCCAUAGAGUUAGGUGAUGGAGAUCCACCUUUGGCUGAUUUGCAUCCCAUGAGAGCUCUGUUCAAAAUACCAAGAAACCCACCACCAACACUAAGGCAGCCAGAGAUAUGGUCAUCUGAAUUCAAUGACUUUAUCAGCAAGUGUUUGACAAAAGAUUAUGAGAAACGCCCCACAGUGUCUGAUCUGCUGCAACAUGAUUUUGUGAAGCAGGUGGAAGGCAAGGAGAGCAUUCUGCAGAUGCAGCUGAUGGAAUUCAUCGAUGUUCAUCAGCAAAUGGGAGUCACGGAGAAAGCCAGAUUUGAGCGUAUUCAUACUAAAAAGGGGAAUUACAGUCGUUCUCCAGUUGCAAACCAGGAGGAUGUAGACGAUCUGGCAACCUUGGAAGUAUUAGAUGAGAAUACAGUAACGGAGCAACUGCAAAAGAGCUAUGCGAGGGAUCAGAUCUACACCUACGUAGGAGACAUUCUCAUAGCAGUCAACCCUUUUCGGAACUUAGACCUUUAUGCUACCCAGCACUCCAAACUGUACAUUGGGGCCAAACGGACUGCCAACCCCCCUCACAUUUUUGCCGUGGCUGAUAUUGCGUACCAAUCCAUGGUCACAUAUAAUUCAGACCAGUGUAUUGUCAUUUCGGGAGAAAGUGGAGCGGGAAAGACCCAGAGUGCCCAUCUUCUGGUUCAACAGUUGACUGUCCUUGGAAGGGCGAAUAAUAGAACUCUUCAAGAAAAGAUUCUCCAGGUCAACAAUCUGCUGGAGGCUUUUGGAAAUGCAGGCACUAUAAUAAAUGAUAAUUCCAGCAGAUUUGGGAAAUAUCUAGAAAUGAAAUUCACUUCCACUGGAACUGUUGUAAGCGCUCAGAUUUCAGAAUAUCUUCUAGAAAAAUCUAGAGUCAUACAUCAAGCUGUAGGAGAGAAGAAUUUUCAUAUUUUCUAUUACAUCUAUGCUGGCUUGGCAGAAAAGAAAAAACUGGCUCAUUAUAAAUUGCCUGAAAAUAAGCCUCCCAGGUAUCUACAAAAUGAACAUCUCAGGACAGUACAAGAUUUCAUGAACAACACUUUCUACAAAUCCCAGUUUGAAUUAAUUGAGCAGUGCUUCAAAGUGAUUGGUUUCACAAUGGAGGAACUAGGAAGUGUAUACAGUAUCCUUGCUGCUAUUUUAAAUGUUGGUAAUAUUGAAUUUUUGUCGGUGGUAACUGAGUACAUGAUUGACAAGAGCAUCAUUUCCAAUCCAACGCCUCUUGAGAAUUCUGCUUCCUUGCUUUGUAUUCAGGCAGAUGAGUUGCAAGAAGCAUUAACCUCUCAUUGUGUGGUGACCCGAGGGGAAACAAUUAUACGACCCAACACCAUGGAGAAAGCGACUGACGUAAGAGAUGCCAUGGCCAAAGCGUUGUACGGGAGGCUUUUUAGUUGGAUAGUCAACCGUAUCAAUGCACUGCUAAAGCCAGAUACAUUUUUAAGCGGAAGUAAUGAAGGACUGAACAUUGGAAUUCUUGACAUCUUUGGCUUUGAAAACUUCAAAAAGAAUUCUUUUGAGCAGCUCUGUAUCAACAUUGCCAAUGAGCAGAUCCAUUUUUACUUUAAUCAACAUGUCUUUGCAUGGGAGCAGAAUGAAUACCUAUACGAGGGCGUUGAUGCACGAGUCAUUGAAUAUGAGGAUAACAGGCCCCUGCUGGAUAUGUUCUUGCAAAAACCAAUGGGAUUGUUGUCCCUGCUUGAUGAGGAAAGCCGUUUUCCCCGGGCCACUGAUCAGACACUCGUGGAAAAAUUUGAAGACAAUCUGAAAUCAAAAUAUUUCUGGAGACCAAAAAGAAUAGACUUGACAUUUGGGAUUUACCAUUAUGCGGGGAAGGUUCUUUAUAAUGCAAGUGGGUUCCUAGCCAAAAACAGAGACACUUUACCAGCUGACAUUGUCCUGCUCUUGCGAUCCUCAGAAAACUACCUGACUAGACAGCUGGUGAUCCACCCUCUUACAAAAACAGGUAAUUUGGCACAUACUAAAAGCAAGAGUGCAAUAAACUACCAGACAUGGACUCCACAGAAAUCAAUCAACCAAAUGAAGCUGGAUAUCUUUGUGUUGUGCAAUUCGUAUUCCUUCCGUGAGAACGAGCCGGAGGAUUCCACGCAUCAUCCAAGAGAAACAACCAGUAUGAAAACACAGACAGUUGCUUCAUAUUUCCGAUACUCAUUAAUGGAUUUACUAUCUAAAAUGGUGGUUGGCCAGCCUCACUUUGUCCGUUGCAUUAAGCCAAACAACGAUCGGCAGGCACACAAGUAUGACAAAGAAAAAGUGUUGGUUCAGCUGCGCUACACCGGAAUUCUAGAAACGGCACGGAUUCGGAGGCAGGGUUAUUCUCAUCGGAUUCUUUUUGCUAACUUCAUUGAACGAUACUAUCUACUGUGUUACAAAUCAAAUGAUACCCCCCCUGUAAGCCCUGAAACUUGCGCUGCCAUCUUGGAAAGAGCCCAGCUUGAUAACUGGAUCCUUGGGAAAACUAAGGUGUUUCUUAAGUACUACCAUGUAGAGCAGCUCAACUUAAUGCGAAAGGAGACAAUCAACAGGAUUGUUUUGAUUCAAGCAUAUGUCAGAGGAUGGCUUGGUUCAAAAAGAUACAGAAAACUAAAGGAGAAAAGAGAAGGAAGUGCAAUUAAAAUACAAUCAGCUUACAGGGGAUAUGUCAUUCGCAAAGAGUAUGCAAGUGCAAGGGAUGCAUACAAAAUGGAAGUGUGCAUUACUAGACUUCAGGCUGUGGCAAGAGGAUACUUAAUCAGGAAGAAGAUUAAAGAAGAAAUGGAUGCAAAUCAUAAAGCAGCAACAACAAUUCAAUCUCACUACAGGGGAUACAAGCAGAGAAGAAGUUUUAAAAGGAAAAGGGAAUCACUUCUCAGGAAGGAACAACCUGAAACAGCAGCUAGUCCAAGCAAGGAAGAAAAUGGUGAACAAAUGCCAGAGUCUGAAGCUUGUUCAGCUGUUGAACAAAACCAUCCUCGUACUGAAGUGGAGGCUGCUAUUAUUCUUCAGAGUAACUACCGGGGCUACAGAGAGCGGAAAAAGGUCAAAGAGCGGUGCCAGAAAACGGGGUGUGCGGAUGCUGUAGAGAGCUCAUCGUCAGAGGCUGAGUGUGAUGCAGCUCCUGUACAGAAGGCCCUUCCUCAUACAGAAGAGGAAGCUGCUGUUAUCCUACAGAGCAACUACCGUGGUUACAGAGAGCGUCAAAGGGUAAAGGAGCAGUGCAAGACUAUUGGCAGUGAAGAAGUUGCCCAGAGCUCACCUGCAGAGGUCGAGGGUGGUGCUGCAGAAAAGUCUUCUGCUCCAACUGAAGAGGAAGCUGCUGUUAUUCUUCAGAGCAACUACCGGGGUUACAGAGAGCGUAAAAGGGUAAAGGAACAGUGCUGUAAGAAAAUACCCAAGCAAGUACCAGCUUCAGUGCAAUUGGCCCCACAAAAUGUUCAGAACAGAACACAGGAAGCAGAAGCUGACACGGACCAAAACAAUACGGCUCUUCCUCAGGACAUCUCCUACCUGGAUCACAAGACACUGGGGGAGAAAAAAGAGAUGCUGCCCCAGGGAAAAGGUUCUUCAGUGAAGCACAAGCUUCCAGAGGAAGACAAAAAACAAGCCACUUCCAAUCGCUUGUCUAAGAAAGCAUCUGUCAAAAAAGUCAAUGAACUUAGCCAGCAGGCUCCUCAGGAAAGAAGCAGUGCAGGAGAAAAACAGCAGGCUUCCAUUGUUCCCCAUGAUAGCCACCUGGAAAGAGGGUCUCGGAAACAGGGCCAGUUAAUUCCCAGUGAAAACAAAGCCAGUCUAAGGAAAGGCUCUGUGAGAGGCUUUCAGAAACAUAUUGAAGCCAGCAAACCAGCCUCAGCAGACAAAGAGAAGGCAGCAUUAGUCAUCCAGAGCAAUUACCGAGGGUAUCGCAGACGGGGACAGCUCCGAAAAGAAGGGAAGUUGCCUUGUGAGAGCCAGGAGAGCACCCACGGUGACCCAAAAGCUGGUGGAGGGCCCAGUCAAAGUCCUGGUUCUAAGGCAACAACAAAAGGGAGGCAGAGCUUUGGCCCUCAGGCUGGGGACCCGAAGGAGCGGCCUUACACGGAGAGGUCUGACUUGGCAGCUUUCUCCAGGCAGAUCUCAAAACUAUCAGAAGACUAUCUGGUGCUUCAGCAGAAACUGAAUGAAAUGAUUCUGUCACAUCAACUGAGGCCUGUGAUGCUCUCCAAAGACAAGCAACCCAAUAGCCACCUUGCCCCUCGUGUGUGUCAGCCUGUCACCUCCAAGCCAGAAGAUGCUCACCCUGUGCAGAGAAGCCCUAGGAGGCCUCAGAAACCGAAGAUGCUAAACAGCCCUGAGGAUUCUACAUAUUAUACUAUCAUGCAUAAAUCAGUCCAGGAUGAAAAACGGAAACCAAGAAAAAACAGUCUGGGCAAGAUACUGGAUGUAGAAGAUCCAUAUUACCAAGAAUUUUUGUCUACCAGUUUCAUCUCAAAUGAUAGUCAUACCAGCCCAAAAGAAAAGAAGCCACCAGACCAGCCUAGAAAUGCAACAUUAAAGAUUAAUGAAGGGUCAAGAGUAGGAGGGAAUCCACUAGAAGAGAACAAAAGCAAAGAGAAUCCUUAUGACUAUCGAAAACUGCUGCGAAAAACCUCUCAACGCAGACGCCUUAUCCAGCAGCAUUAGCUGCUGCUCUUCUGUUUUCUCCUCAUUUUUUGCAUGGUUUUAUACUGCAUCCUUUUAUUUUUGAUGCAUAUCUCUCUAUCUAUUGUUCUGUCUCUGGCAUUUUAAGUCAACUGUGUGUUUGCAUAUGUGGACGCACAAUCUUACAGAGCCUUACAGGGAAAGAUGACAAAGUUUCGGUAGUAAUGUGUGGAUUUUUUAAAAAAAGAAAACAUAUGCACAUGGGAAAAUUAUUUUAUUAGUAUGCCAUAACUUAUUAAAAACCUAGAUCAUCAA